CAAUAGCAAUCUCGCACUGACAAUCACCAAUCCCAAUCCUCAACCUCCUCCCUCUUCAACCCAGCAAAAUAUCCACCAAAAUGCCACCCCCCACCCGCCUCAUCCUCGACAUCGAGGUCAGCGACACCCCACUAAUCCGCAAAGCCCACGCCUACGCGCAGACAACCUACGACCCCUUCACCUACAACCACAUAAUGCGCAGCUGGCUCUUCGGCACGCUCCUCAUCACCCAGCGCCUCACCCCAUCACAGCAACAAACCUUCGACCACGAAGCCUUCGCCAUCGCAACCCUCCUCCACGACCUCGGCUGGGCGCUCGACAACCCCCGCACCACGCCCUUAAUCUCGACAGAUAAGCGCUUCGAAGUCGACGGCGCAAACGCCGCCCGCGCCUUCCUCGCCCGUGAAGCCCCGGACUGGGCCCCCGUCCGCGUGCAACUCGUCUGGGAUGCCAUCGCCCUGCAUACGACGGGUUCGAUUGCUGCUCAUAAGGAGCCGGAGGUUGCGUUGACGGCUGCGGGGAUUCGGGUGGACUUUUGGGGGAGGGGAGAUUUUGCAACAGGGCGAGGAGUGACCUGGGAGGUGUAUACGCGGAUUGCGACGGAGUUCUCGCGGGCGGGAUUUGUGGAUGGAGUGAAGGAGAUUAUGUGUCAGCUUUGUCGGCAGAAGCCGCAGACGACAUUUGAUAAUUUUGUGAGGGAUUUUGGGGAGAAGUAUCUUCGUGAGGAGGGGUUUACCUUGGAGGGAAAUCGGGGGGUGGAUCGGGUGGAGGGGGCGGUUGUGUUUCCUUGA